AUGAUGCAAUUCUCUGAGAUUCUACCACCAACUCUGCACCAAAUUUCUCCAUUUGCGAGUCUCACCAUGAACAAGAAUCAUCUUCUUCCCGCACGGCCGUGGCCUGGUUUUCCAGCCUUAAAAUCACUAGGAAGGUUCAGCAAUGCCAACUACAUGGAACAAUUACUAGUCCACUGUGCCAAUGCAAUAGAAAGCAACGACGCCACUUUAACUCAACAAAUCUUAUGGGUCCUCAACAAUAUUGCAUCCCCAGAAGGCGACUCAAAUCAACGCCUCACUUCUGCCAUUCUCCGAGCCCUCAUAGGCCGAGCAGCAAGAAGUGGGAGUUCUAAAAUGCUCUCAGCAAUGGCAAAUGUUCACUCCAAUAUAGCUAAGAGCACCCACAAAUUCUCCAUUAUCGAGCUUGCGAGCUUCGUUGACAUAACGCCAUGGCAUCGUUUCGGAUUCACAGCAGCCAACGCAGCGAUUUUGGAAGCUGUUGAAGGGUAUUCAAUCAUUCACAUAGUUGAUUUAGGCUUGACCCAUUGCAUGCAAAUUCCUACAUUGAUUGAAGCCAUAGCUACUCGCCUGGAGGGCCCUCCACUUGUCAAGCUCACCGUCGCCGGCGCCACCGAAGAUCUGCCACCGAUGCUUGAUCUUUCAUACGAGGAGUUGGGGACAAAGUUAGUUAACUUUGCUAGGUCUCGAAACGUAACAAUGGAAUUUAGGGUAAUUCCUUCAAGUUUUUCAGAUGGGUUCGCCUCCUUAAUUGAACAACUCAGAAUGCAACAGCUAGUAAACACAGACAAAAACGAGGCUUUAGUCAUAAAUUGUCAUAUGUUGCUUCAUUACUUACCAGAUGAAACGCUAUCGAUUGUAUCUACUGUUAUUCCGACUUCAUUUUCUGUCGAGACUUCUACUUCCUCGUCCUUUAGGACUACGUUUCUCAAGGGGCUUCGGGAUUUAGACCCAACUAUUGUAGUUGUAGUAGAUGAAGAUGCAGAUUUUACAUCAAACAGUUUGGUAUCGAGAUUAGAAUCAGCUUUUAACUAUCUAUGGAUACCUUAUGAUGCUGUGGACGCAUUUCUUCCACGGGGGAGUAAGCAAAGGCUGUGGUAUGAAGAUGCCAUUUGUUGGAAGAUUGAUAAUGUGAUAGCACAUGAAGGUGUUCAGAGGGUCGAGAGGCUCGAGCAGAAGAGCCGGUGGGUGCAACGGAUGACAAAUGCAAAUUUCCGAGCAGUUGGUUUCAUUGAAGAAGGUGUUUCGGACGUGAAGAGCAUGCUUGAUGAGCAUGCAGCAGGGUGGGGAUUGAAGAGGGAAGAAGAUCAUCUUGUGCUUACAUGGAAAGGACACAAUGUUGUGUUUGCAACUGCUUGGGUAGCUAAUUGA